UGAACGGUUGUUUUUAGUUGUGUAUAAGUACUUAGAGCGCAUCUAGCUGUAUUUGUAUGGUGCGUUUGUUCUAAUAGAUUAAUUUGCCACUUUUUUAAGUACGUUUUUCGACUCUUUAAUUUAUUCAAACAAAGGAGGAGAAAUACGUACUAUUAUAUAUUUAUGCUGUUGAAAUACUUAAACAGUGUACAAAUCAUAAGUUGGAGUGGGUUGUAUCGAAAAUAUGUGAAACCUUAAAGAGUACUAUUAGUGCGUGUUGAAUAUAAUUUGAUACGAAAAAAAAUUAUGCUAUUUAGGCAAAGAUACAAGUGGAUGUAAAUUGGUGAAAUGUUUUUUGUCUGAAGAAAGUCGAUUUCUGUGUUUUGGAGAAGUCAGUAAUGAAGAAAAAAUUGUGUUUUUAUAUGUAAAAAUUAUUUGUUCAAGAAAAGAGUGUACAUAAAAAAGCAAAGAAUGGACGAUAAGAUGUAACAUAAAAAACCAAUCAAACCAAAAGGGUUUAUGUAUACUGGUUAAGUGAAUGCGAUAGCGUUUUGUAUAUGCAUGCGCGAGUGGGAUAGCAAACAACACUCGGCAAAUACCACAAAACUGGAAGGAGCAGUUAAAGCAAAGGCGAUGCAGUCAUAUUAUGUAUAAAUAUUAAUUAUCAUAUUAUGUAUAAUCUUUGAAAAAAAUUAUCGUAACUUUAUUCAUAUACCAUUUAAGUGGAACAGCUUUUCGAUAAUAUUUUUCAUUGCAAUAGGACUAUCGAACAACAUUUAUUUAUUAUGCAUAGAGACCAGAGAGUAAGCUGACUUGCAAAUAGUUUUUCUGAACAGCUAAUCUUACAAUAGAAAGUAUAAAUAGCCAGACUAAAAUGACCAUGGGUAUCGUGGGUAAAGUUGAUCCUAUUAAGAGCAACGGCAAAAGGAAUAUCAACCAGACGUUGAAAUCAUUGCACGAAAUAAAUGAUAUUUUCCCUAAAAAAGAUUUCUUUUUGAAAACAUCAUCUUGUCAUAAAUGUAUCAAUAACGCUGAUCCAUUGCACACCACAUAUAUUAAUCGCAGCACCAACAAAAGUCGUGAAGAGAAGAUUUUCAAGAAUUUUAGAAGUACUACAAUCACUGGAAGCAACAGGAUUUUGAGGAUAAAAAAGGCGAACAAAUCUAUGCCACGAAGGGGGCUGGCAUCAAAUAUCCCGAUAACCAGUAAACUAGAUAGUGGUAAUGGUUUUAAAAAAUCAUUGCAGAGGCAAAGCGAGAAAAAAGUAACGACGUUCGCAGCGUCAACGUUACUAACUACAAAUCUCUUAGUGGACAGAAUUCGUGAUAUUGGAGCUAGGAAAUCAGUCGAUAUAGUAUCAUCGAAGUUGCAUAUUAACAAACCUUUACAAAAAGGCAGUCAUCACAAGGUUAAAUGUCGUACUGGUAAAUUACAUCGAAUCCAAAAUAGGGUCAUUCAGACGACAGCGGGCGAUACGGAAACUGUGCCGGCAAAUGCAGAAGCGUCCAUAAAGUUUCCAAAUAAAUCACUUAUAUGCGGUAAAAUAACAUUACGGUCGGUGCCCGCAUCUGAGUCAGCAAUGGAGCAAAUUUCGAUGUCCCUAACUAAGACAGCAUUAACACCCACGUCGACAUGGACGGCAGCAUUUGCAUUAUCGACGUUAGCACAAACUUUAUUAGACGUGUCUGUUAUUCCUCAAGCUUGGCAACAAUUUGUAAAACUUCUGCAGAAUUCUCUUUUAGGAUUAACUACUUCAUCCAGAGUGGUAACGACAAGCCUUAGCAUAGCAACGAAAAGUACUAGAGUCGUUCGGCAACUAGAAAGGACAAGUACAGCACCCGGAGCAGCAAUACUUACUGCAUUCGGAACCGCGACGGCAGCGGCACGCUGUAAAGCAGCUGCAACAUAUAUCUCGUCUUUGCACCCAUCGGGAAGCUCAUUGCGUACGAAAUUUCGGUUGCUUCCCAGUGUGGGUGCAACAUCGUUUUUCACAUUACUGACGCUCAUUUGCCUAGAGACUGUACUACUCUCUACCGUCUCCAAUUGCGCAAAAACAUUUUAUAUGCAUUGGAAUACAUCCAACAGUAUAUUUCGUAUAGAUAAUACAGACCAUAUAAUUGAUGUAAACAAAGGAAACUUAGCAUUCGAGUUCGAUCAAGUGCAUAUUAUAUGUCCCGUAUAUGAACCAGGCACCUUCGAAAAUGAAACGGAAAAAUAUAUAAUAUAUAAUGUGUCAAAAGUGGAAUACGAGACAUGUCGGAUAACAAAUGCAACUCCGCGCGUUAUAGCAAUUUGUGAUAAACCGCAAAAAUUAAUGUUCUUUACAAUAACAUUCCGGCCAUUUACACCACAGCCAGGUGGUUUGGAGUUCCUUCCUGGAAAUGAUUAUUAUUUCAUUUCAACUUCAUCGAAAGACGAUCUUUAUCGACGAAUAGGUGGGCGAUGCUCCACAAAUAAUAUGAAAGUGGUUUUCAAAGUGUGUUGUGCGCCUGAAGAGAAAAACAAAACGUUAAUAAAUACUGGCAGCUCUAGCAGCUCAUCUUCUAUUGGUAGCGCUAGCGCUGGCGGUACUAUUAUUGGUAUAAACACGGCUGACGGCAAUGGCCUUACAACAGGUAUUGAUAAUACUGCCAAUAUGGAUGUUGCCAGUACUCAGACCAAUAUAAAUCAACAUCAACAUAUGAGUAAUAUUAACACAAUUGGAAUCAAUGGGGUAAAUACAGGUUUAAUACCAAUCGGCGGUGUUCAUAUUGGCGUCAAUAGCGCCGUUGGCGUAAGCAAUAGUGGUAUGCAAAUGAAACCGACGAAUGGCGGAAGUGGUACAUCCAUCAAUACAAAUAUUGAUCAGUUCAAUCGUAUACCAAUACAAGCUGGCGGCAUUAAUGUUAUGGGGAAUAAUGUUGGUGGACUUGGUGGUAUUGGCCUUGGUGGCCAUGGCAGCGGUGGUAUUAUGCUAGCACCAGGAAGUCAAGGAGGCAUAAACAUGAUCUCGAGUGGUGUAGGUAUUGGUAUCGGGCAAUAUCCUGGUCACUCUGGACAGACUGGUAUACGCAUUAACAACGUCGCGUCUCAGCAACAUCAUGCAACGCAUAAGAACAAUAAUAAUGACGAUCAUUAUGACAAGCAUCCAAAUGAAGUAGUGAAAAAUGAGGAGUUGACCUAUAAUAGCGGGGCAGCGUCAAUGAAACCAUGGUCUUUUUGGAUGACCAUUAGUACAACAACAAGUUGGCUUGUCUUCAAUAUAUACAGAUGGUUAUUGAAACGAAUUAGAACCACAGGAGGUAUAUUGUUGCUAUCGAGAUUUUCCAGCCACUGUGAAUACGGAGAAAGAUCACGGACGGCAGCACAACUACAGAGCGAGUAUAUUCAAAUAAAUACUAAAGUGUUACAACUUUACCUGCAGUGCUUUGUAAAACUUAAGAAUUUAGUAUUUAAUUACUACGUUUUAAUUAUCUCUAUCAGUGUAACAGUUGCUGCAACUAUAUAUGGGAUACAAUUUGAUAUACAAAACACAACAAUGAAAGGCGAUGACUUUGAUUGAACUCCGAUCCCAAAGUAACUUCCAACAGAAUUCUUUUUGUGGGGAGCUCAAGGCAAGAAUUUGGGCCGAAUUUAUGGCUAGAGCCGAGAUGGUAAAAAAAUAAUAAUAAUGGAGACAAAGCAAAAUAUUUCAUUGUUGACAAUAAUGAUGAUCGCACUUAACUGGUGUAAAAGGUUAGUUGCAGUCAGAGACAUGAAAAAAAAUUUAAAUACUUUUUUUAGUCAGUAAAUUGUUUUAUUUUUUAAAGGUUAACACAGAAAAGCAUUGAAUAAGGUUUCUACUUGACGUGAUAGAUAUUUCGUUUUGAUUCAGCUCCAACUGAAGAUCCUUGGGAUUACCAUCACUAACCCUUGGAGAUCCAUCUAAAAAAAACGGACAAAAACGAAAGUUUUAUUAAUAGAUAAUCUAUGCACUAGGCAAAAGCUGUACAAACUUCAUUGAAAUAUACUGAACUUUUGUCUAGGUACAGUUCAAAAAAACAUAGUUUUGAGAAAACGCAUUCGAAUUUUUACAUUCAAUUCGCCUAAAAUAAUAUAAAAACUGCACGUAAUGAAAGAGAAAUGACGAAUAGAAAAUGGCCAAAUUAAAACACGCUACUAGAUACAAGAAUAUACAAAUUGUUCAUUAUAUUGUAUUAUUGUAAAGCAGAUGAAAACCUUUAAUUUGCUUUAUUUAAACUAAGAGAAAUGUGUAUAAUCAAGCAUAUGCUUAAGACUUAUACAUAAAUUUAUCCGAUUUUAAAUUUUUUGUUACAUAUACACUUUACAUACACGCAUCAUCUUUUUACAUAAAAACCCGUACUAACCGUGUAGAUAACAGUAGUACAUACUAACGCUAACAAUUUAGUAAAUUGACAUUCAUUGAUGGAAUUAGAAAGAAAAAAUCAAGGCAGUAUUAAGUUUUAUGUGAAACACCCUCGUUGAGGGUAAGUAGGAUAUGGUUAAAAUGAUGAUUCAUGCAGUUGUCGUUGUCUUCACAUUGUAUUGACCAAAUCUUAAUUAAAAUAUCUAAUGUACUUUAAAAUGCUAAUGGAAAACGGUAGCAGAGUUACCGAGAAUAAUAAAACAGACACAGGUGUUUUUCUUUGGCGACGUUAGCAGUCUAUGGCCAAGUUUGAAACAUUUUUACAAGUAUAAGUACUUUAUUUUAAUGACAAGUACCAUAUAGAAUAGAUAUUUACAUAAUCAUAUUUGCGCGCAUAAAUGCAUACAGUCAGCGUCAUAGGUCUACAAGCUAGUCUAAAUUGUAUUAUCCUUAUUAAAUAUGACGUUAAAGUCUUUACUUUAAUUUCACGCGAUUAUUUUUACAAUUUUCGACGUUGAUUAGUUCACCAAAAGUGCAUAAAUGAGCUAAAUUCAAUAUUUGAUGAGGCAGCUCCAUCAAAGACCAGUUUUUAUCGGUGGUAUGGUGAAUUCAAUAGAGAUUGUAGAUCAUUUCAGGAGGAUUUUCGGGAAGUUCGUCCAAAAUCAGUUGUUCCGGAAGUUUUUGAUGCUGUUAGCAAACUGAUAUCGUGAGAUUUAAACAACCUAUUGUAGCAUUAGUAAGAUACAUUCAAUAUUGCAUCAACAUUUGAUUGUAGACAUUUUUUUUACGUAAAAUUCCACGUAACUUGUCUAUCACUCAGAAAUAUCUUGUGUUGUGUGGCCUAGAGAAGUCCUUCAAAAUGAACAAAAUCUGACAAAAGUUGUUCUUCCACGAAGCACUUAUCGCAACCAUCUCAUUAAAAAACCCCUUCUGAGUGAUACACCCAUAAUCAGGAAAACCAACCACCGAAGACGGUUUGAAUAGUUUUUUUCUUUACUCCUGAAAUUUAAAAAAGAAUUUACGUACAAGAACUUUACUUAUGAAGUUUUUACUGUGUAAUAUUUAAAUUAUGCAAUUUAAUAUCCAAGGUGAUUUAGAAACUAUCAAGAGAUAACGACUAUCGAGGUUUUCACGUGAUAAUUCUUGUAGAUUUGAAGUUUUUUCACGGUUUAGACUGAACAGUACGAUCUUCCAAUCGCAAUUCAAUCCAAAAAACCCAAUUUCGUGGUUUUAUUUCCCUUUUUUCCAAAAUUUAUUAAUAUUGCUUUUUUUUGUCGAACCAACUAAAAACCACAUUAACAAAAAAUUUGUAAGGCGCACUAUAUCCUGAGUACUGAAGGCUUGUAGACUUUUGAUCGCUUCGAUAGUUAUGUUCAAAAAUAAAAAUGUCGUUAUCACGUUUAUUAGGCUAACGUAUGCACACAAAUUUGGCGUCGUCUUUUUACUGUUAACCAUGUGUAAGAAAAAUUAAAUUUGAAUUCAAUAAAUUAUUUAUGUUUAAAAAAUAUUUUCAAACAAACAUUUUUGUAUUAGUUUUUAGUAGGCUUAUGACGAUGACUGUAUGUAGCAUUGCUGCUUACAAUCAAAUUAUGUGUUCACAUCGAUAUGCACACAGUAAAUGGAAAAGUAAAACAUUUUUGUUGUAAUAACUUAAGCAAUUUAGAACGACUUGUGUUGAGCAUGAUAAAGCAACGCAGUAGAAGCGGCAAUAAGCCUUACUUUAUAACUGAAUGGUGUAAGUUUUAGCUUAAAAACAGUAAGUGUAAAGAGAUGGGAGAAGACGGUGCUUAAUGAUUUAGGUAUUUGAGGCAAAUUAAUAGUAAAACUUUUGAAAAUGUAAGUCGGAAAAUCCCAAACGGGGCUAAAAACAGCUAUACAAGGUUCCCUUUUGAUUUCGUUCCUGAUUUAGAUGUGAACGCAAAAUUACUACGAAUGGUAAAAAACUUUUACAGUAUAUUAUUAUAUCUCAUAUAUGUAUGUUCUUUUUGUUAAUAAGCAAUUAUAAACAAAUUUGUAUUAAGAAUGUUAUCUUUCAUCAAGAGAUCAUCUCAGUGUGACCCUCCGAAAAAUCACUGAUAUUCGCGAUUUUUGUUUUUAUUGUUGAAAUUAAGUAAUCGGUCGAAUCAUGACGAAUACAAAAUUAUUGUUUUUAUGUUUAUUUAUUGGGUGCAUAAUAGUUAAAUAAAUUAUUGAAAUUACACGUAAAACAAAGUCCUGUACGAUGUCCAAGAUUGCGGCCGCAACUUUAAUCUAAUAAAAAAAUUGUUUUGAAAUUUGAUGAAAUGGUGGCAGUUCGAACAAAAGAUAUCGAAUUUAGCCCAUUUUUCCAUUCUUUUUCGUAGAAAAAGAUACGAAGAUUUCGAAAAAAGCGCGAUAACGAAAACACGUUCUCUCAUAAUUGGAGCUAGACUCUUCCCUUGAGAGUGGAAAACGUUUCGAAAAACACCAGUUUGAGAACAACGCGUUUAUAGAUUGGUUGCUACGUUCCCCACUCUGUUCCGUUUCUACAAGAAAUGCUGUUGUGACCGUAAUAAUUUCAGUUUCAAUUUGAGAGAAUGUUUUUUUAUAUUAGUAUACACUAUCCGAUGAUGAAACAAAAAAAAAAACUUUUUUUUCGAAUAUUUCACACCCUUAACUUAAGACCGUUAAGCGGCGAUUAUUUAUUGUCUGAACAACAGAAGUUGAAGCCUGCAUGAUCAUACAGUUACGCAAUUACAUAUGCAAUUCGUAUAGCUAGACACUAAUAUUACUUGCCAAUUUUAAUGAAUGUCGAAACUAUCCCUAAGUGUUUGACCCAAUAAAUUAUGUAGAAGUUUCUGAAAAAAUAGGUAAGUUCAAUCACAGCCAUGACACAGAAACACCGGAAAAGCAAGAACAGUGCUCAAUCGAAAAAUUAAACAUUCCUAUUGUUGGAAUACAGUCAAAUUCAUAAUUGUAGCUUAGAAUAGACAAAAAAAGAACCAAUAAUUUGAUACAUAUUUGAAGUUUGAAAUUCACAGUUAAUUACCAAUUUCAGGUAAAUAUAUUUCGACGAUGUGAUCAGAAUUAAUUUUUCGGGUUUUAAGAUCACCAAAAAUUAAUAAAAACGAACGUCUUCUUUUGUUGCAAUUGUAAUGUAUAACAAUUUAGGGUGUAUGAAAUUUUAAUAUAAAAUACUAACUGCUAAUCAAAAGUUUCAUUAUAUUUUCAAGCAGUAAUGUGAGUUAUGCAACAAUAUAAACAAAAGAAAAAAUGCAAGGGUGUUGAACAUUGUUAAUCAAUAUCUUUUAUUUAUAAUUUAUUUUAUUCAGCCAAGUUAUUUUAAUUUAUGAGUUUUCAUUCUCUUUAUUUCUUUACCCAGUUUUUAGUUGUUAUAAUAAGGAAAUUUCAGCUUUCCCCAGAAGUACUCAAAAUUAAAUACGUAUGUACAUAAUCACAGCCAUUUAAACGUGAAUAUGUUAGUGAGCAUUCAUUUACUAUCAGGAUCCACGAUAGAGGGGAACUACGAAGAGUUCCCCGCUCCGCCUUAGCGCCCCCCAAAAGUUAAAAGUUAUUCAUUAUUUCCAUCAAAAGUGAUACACCGCGAAGAAAAAUAUCUUGACUUGCAAGUACAAAAUUAUAAACUUCCCCCCAAAAUUCGACUCUGGAUCCGUCCUUCCUUACUGUAUACAUUGCUUUAAUUGACAAAUACGACAUAACUUCGUUAUUUGACGCGGAAAUUUUGAAUCCCGGUAUUCUAAGACAUUCACUUUUAAAAAUUAAAUAUUGUAUUAAGAAUUGCAAUAAAAAUGUAUGCGAUCUUUUGUAUUUGAGGUUGUUGGUUUUGUUGUUGUUGUAACGACAAAAACCCAUCCCUAGGUAAUUUCGAAGAAUGGUGCCGAGUUGGAUUAGAGGUGUUUUGUUUUUGUUAAGGGAUUUUUUUUUCGAACACUAGCACUUCCAGUUUCCGCUGGAGAUAGUGCGAGACACCAUCUAUAGAAUUUGAGAAUUUGAUUUUUCCAUAUGUGUGUUAAGUUCUACUUUACAUGGCUAGCUGACAUU